AAUAAACGUUUACUGCAAAAAAAAAAAAAAAAAUUAAUUAAUAAUAAAAUAAAAUAUAUCUCCCCACUCCCAUUCCGCCUCUAUAAAAGAUUCCAUUCCUCAACUCCAUUUUUCUUCAGUUCAAACCAAACAAAAAAAAAUGGCUACUUCAUCACUUUCAACAAUGUCUUUCCUUUUUCUUGUUCUUCUUACAUCCUCGCUCUUGUCGGAGACGGCGGCUUCCGACAUGUCCAUCUUAUCCCACGGCGGGAGCCGGAGCUUUCUCCGGUCACACUCAGAGAUGGUUUCCAUGCACGAGUCGUGGAUGGUCAAACACGGCAGAUCGUACGGCAACGCCGCCGUCGGAGAGAAGGAGAGGCGGUUCGAGAUCUUCAGGGACAACCUCAUGUACAUCGACGAGCAGAACGCGGAGGACGGCCGGACCCACAAGCUCGGCCUGAACCGGUUCGCCGAUCUCACCAACGCCGAGUACCGCAAGACUUUUCUCGGCACCCGGACCGACCCCAAACGGCGGCUUUCGAAGGUGAGGAGUGACCGGUACGCGCCGAAAGUCGGCGACAGCUUGCCGGAUUCCGUUGACUGGAGGGCCAAAGGCGCCGUCGCUCCGGUCAAAGAUCAAGGCAGCUGUGGGAGUUGCUGGGCAUUCUCUACGAUAGCUUCCGUGGAAGGUGUGAACCAAAUAGCGACCGGUAAUUUAACGACCCUUUCGGAGCAAGAGCUGGUUGAUUGCGACACUUCGUACGACGAGGGAUGCAAUGGUGGUCUUAUGGACUAUGCCUUUCAGUUCAUUAUCGAUAAUGGAGGCAUCGACUCUGAAAAUGAUUAUCCGUACACGGGCGUCGAUGGUAAAUGCGAUUCUUACCGGAAAAAUGCGAAAGUUGUGUCCAUCGACAGCUACGAAGAUGUUCCGGUGAAUGACGAAAAUGCCCUUAAGAAGGCAGCCGCUAGUCAGCCUCUGAGUGUUGCCAUUGAUGCCGGUGGUAGGGACUUCCAAUUGUAUGAAUCGGGUAUAUUCAGUGGCAAGUGUGGAUUGGACUUGGACCACGGUGUGAACGUAGUCGGUUACGGCACCGAAAAGGGUGUCGACUACUGGAUCGUCAGAAAUUCAUGGGGCGACAGCUGGGGAGAGAAAGGCUACCUAAGAAUGAAGCGUAACGUGAAGGCCAAAGAGGGACUUUGCGGAAUCGCAGUCGAGCCCUCUUACCCGGUCAAAUCUGGUCUAAACCCUCCAAAACCAGGCCCGUCGCCCCCCACCCCCAGUCCGCCCCCACCUGCCCCAUCUGCCCCCUCCUCCGUUUGUGACGACUACUAUGCGUGCCCCGAUAGCACAACCUGCUGCUGCAUUUACGAGUACCAUGGCUACUGCUUCGAGUGGGGCUGCUGCCCCCUCAAGGGGGCCACUUGCUGUGACGAUCACUACAGUUGCUGCCCCCAUGAGUACCCCGUGUGCGAUGUUUACGCCGGCACCUGCUCGAUUAGUAAGGGAACCCGCUCGGAGUGAAGGCAAUGAAGCGCAUUCUUGCAAGCCAAUCGGACGUCCGGAAAGAUGGGAAAGGAGCAGCUCUUGAGAGGGAGAGUGCGUUUGAAGGCCAAAUUUGCACCGAAGAAGAACGAAUAAUUUCGGUGCAUUU